AUGGAGGUCCCCCAUGAGGCCUCCCACCACAGCCCCGCAUUGAGAUCGCAGGUGAUCCAGAAUGAUGGGGUUGUGAGAUGGACCCACCGAUCGGUCGAUGGGCCGUAUUCAUCCAGACGGGGUUCAAGAGGCUCUCAUUCGGUCAUGGUGGGGCGGGAGUCUCAUGGGAGUCCCCUCCCCGGCGCGCCGGCGGUUUCCCAUCGGGAGCCCUACUCCGUCAUUGCGGCCCAGGGAAACCCUAAUGGAUACGGGUCGUCCUCGGAGGUAGUCGUCUUGCGGCGCCCGGAGAUCUCUCGCGGGAUUGAGGAGACCAAAGAUUGGCUUGAGGGAAUGAAGCACGUGAUCGAGAAGGACCGCAUCGGCUCACGACCCUUGGCUCGACAACGGGAUCCACCCCCGCCGACCGACUUUCAUCACCCUCCCCCUAUGGAAGAGGAAUUGCCGUGUUUGCGGUAUCCCGGGCGAAGCCCAUUAUCCCACACGGACGACCUCCCCAAACCUUCCGAGCCCGAUCGCACGACAAAAUCUGCCCCAAUUCACCAAGAACGCGGCCCCACAACAUCCAACGGCCAUCACUAUCAUUCCAAUCAGGUUUUGGCCAGGGCGCCGGCGCGGAUGCCAUCCCCGGCCUCUUCCUCGGCCACCCAUCAUUCCAUGGAGGCGAGCAAACAUUCCAUUCCGUGGGAGGAAGUCGAAUCGGUGGUGGAGGUGGCGGCCCCUUUAAGGCUGAACUCGGCGAAGUUCAUGUCGCCAAAGUCAAUUUCUACUUCUGGCUCGCAGAGGCAGACAACAGCGGAUUAUUCACCCAGAGUACACUCGGUGAUUGAUCUUUCGCUUCUGAACGAUCCUGUUUUCUCGUUUUACUCUUUUAUGGAUGGCCACACAUUUAAUACGACGGCGGCGCUAUGUAAGUAUAAUAUCGGGUUGGCUGAGGCCCUUUCUGACGAGGACCUCGACCGUAUCCGAGAGGUCGUGUUUAAACACAACGAAUCGGACUUUGCUGAGCUGCUCUACGGGGAUGAUAUUCAGUACGAACUGGAUCUCAUCAAUGCGACCCUUCACAACAUCAAUGACCUGCAGAUUAGGUGUGAUAUGCAUGCCUUAUCGAUAAAGGCGGUCAAACGGUUUAAUAGGAAAUGUUGUCAGGCCCAGAAGGUGAUUAGGAGCGCAGGUCGUGAACUACCCAAGGCCAUCCAGAGUGCCGCCUCACGGAUCGGCGAUCGCUAUCAGGAUGAAAAUGCUAUACCAUUGUACUAA